AUGGGCAGAUUGAACAACACAGAAUUCAUAUCCAAGGUGGAGAGUCUUCUAACGUCUAACGAGGGCAAGAGCUCUGUCUACUUCACUCAAAAGAGAUUGUCGACGCCUUUGGAGAAAGAGGCCAUUGAUCUGGUCAAAGACCUUUCGUCCAACGUCGUGGACCACCCUCCAGCAUAUGCCACCAAUACCCAAAACUAUCCAGUCCUCAUUCGUUUUACGACAGGAAAGAAGGAAUCCAAGAUUUCUACUGUUGUGGAGGCAGCCAAUUUAGACGAGUUCUGGUUGGAGUACGCACAGGUGCUCAAGACUGGCUUCGUCGGUUUGAAGAAGAAAGAGAAGAAGAAGGCAAAGAAGAGUAAGGUUUCCAAGCCUUAG